AGCCCGGCGCGCGACGGGGGCGCGAGGCGGAGCGGGCGGGGGCGGCCAAUGCGAAACUGGCUGGUGCUGCUGUGCCCGUGUGUGCUCGGGGCCGCGCUGCACCUCUGGCUGCGGCUGCGCUCCCCGCCGCCCGCCCGCGCCUCCGGGGCGGGCCCGGCAGAUCAGCUGGCUUCAUUUCCUCAGUGGAAGUCUAGUCACUAUGAUGUGGUAGUUGGUGUGUUGUCUGCUCGCAAUAACCACGAACUUCGAAAUGUGAUAAGAAGCACCUGGCUGAAGCAUUUAAUACAACAUCCAUCAUUAAGUCAACGCGUGCUUGUGAAGUUCAUAAUAGGUGCUCAUGGCUGCGACGUGCCCGUGGAAGACAGGGAAGAUCCUUAUUCCUGCAGACUGCUCAACAUCACGAAUCCGGUUUUGAACCAGGAAAUUGAGGCAUUCAGUCUUUCUGAAGACACUUCAUCAGGAAUUUCUGAGGACCGAGUUGUCAGCGUGAGCUUCCGAGUUCUCUACCCCAUUGUUAUUACCAGUCUUGGGGUGUUUUAUGAUGCCAGUGAUGUGGGUUUCCAGAGGAACAUCACAGUCAAGCUUUAUCAGGCAGAACAAGAGGAGGCUCUCUUCGUGGCCCGUUUCAGCCCCCCGAGCUGUGGCGUGCAGGUGAACAGGCUGUGGUACAAGCCCGUGGAGCAGUUCAUCCUGCCUGAGAGCUUUGAAGGUACCAUCGUGUGGGAGAGCCAAGACCUCCAAGGCCUCGUGUCAAGAAAUCUCCACAAAGUGACUGUGAAUGACGGUGGCGGCGUUCUCCGAGUCAUUACGGCUGGGGAGGGCGCCUUGCCCCACGAGUUCAUGGAAGGUGUGGAGGGAGUGGCCGGCGGUUUUAUUUACACCAUUCAGGAAGGUGACGCACUCUUACAAAACCUCCAUUCUCGCCCUCGAAGACUUCUUGACCACAUAAAUAACCUCCACAGGGAAGACGCCCUCCUGAGGGAGGAAAGCAGCAUCUAUGAUGACAUUGUUUUUGUGGAUGUCGUGGACACUUACCGAAAUGUCCCUGCGAAAUUGCUGAACUUCUACAGAUGGACCGUGGAAACAACCAGCUUUGACUUACUGCUGAAGACGGACGACGACUGUUACAUAGACUUGGAGGCUGUAUUUAAUAGGAUUGCCCACAAGAAUCUGGAUGGGCCUAAUUUUUGGUGGGGAAAUUUCAGACUGAACUGGGCAGUGGACCGAACCGGCAAGUGGCAGGAGCUGGAGUACCCCAGUCCCGCCUACCCAGCCUUUGCCUGCGGCUCGGGGUACGUCAUCUCCAGGGACAUCGUGCACUGGCUCGCCGGCAACGCGGGCAGACUGAAGACCUAUCAGGGUGAAGACGUGAGCAUGGGCAUCUGGAUGGCAGCCAUAGGACCUGCGCGCUACCAGGACGGCCUGUGGCUGUGUGAGAAGACAUGUGAGACGGGAAUGCUGUCCUCCCCGCAGUACUCGCCCCAGGAGCUGGCGCAGCUGUGGCAGCUGAAGGAACUGUGUGGGGAUCCUUGUCAGUGCGAAGCAGCAGCGGGAGGGUUUUAACUUGCUGUGCCGGAGGAGGAUGGUACGCCUGGGAGCAGCUGGGGGCAGUUGGAGGGGAGCCCGCAGUUAGGCAGCAAGUGCUGUGGUCUUUCCAGAUAGUUCUAGGUUGGCACUUUUUACCUGAAACCAAUGUGAUAUUUCUAAAUGUUUGCACAAAAUUUCCUUUUUAAAAAUCAACUGAUACUGUACAUAAAAAUUUUAUUUCCAUAUUGGAAGACCAUUUGAAAAACACCAAAUUGUUUUAUAAAACAUGUUUCUAAAACCUGAGGUAUCCUUUCUAGUUUAUAAUUCAUUACCUAUCACUUUUGGUUAAAAUUGGCCUCGUUCAGAAAUCUAGUAACUAAGAAUGUGAAUUCCAGCCUGGAUUACAGAAUGGCUCUGUGAGGCAUAAUUAGGAUCAUGAAGGGCCAAAAACAACUCACAGAAUGCUGUGUGGUCACUUAUACCAAAGUUUGGGAAUGGAAAUGUCUGAGUGAAGUGGGCAACUGGAAAAGGAACCCAUAUAAGUCUCAGUUCUGGACAUUGGUCUUAAAGUUCACUUAUUAAGUGAGCUAAUUUCAGUUUUCUUUUGCUGUUUAACAUAAAGCCUGAAGGUCACUGUCUAGUACUAUUUAAAAAAAAGCUAAAAUUCUGUGGCUGUAAAUCAAAUACCUCUCUGGGUUUUAGUGACAUAGGGAAGGAUACUGCUAAGUAGCAGACACUUUAAAAGAAUGAAUUUUUCUUUCCUCCCGUCAUUGUGUAAUGUUUACCUAAUAUGAGUGAACUCCAAUCAGAUGGAAAUCUUCUGUAGGAUAUAUGCCCAGCUUAGGUACAACUGUAGGGGAAAGCAUGUAAUGAAUUUUUUAAGUACUCUAAAAACAGGGUAAUGAAGGGAAGAGAUCAUAGCACACGUUACACAUAGAAAAUGCCUAAGUUUAAGCGACAUUUCCCAAAGUGACCGUCCAAAUCAUUUUGCUAACUUUAUAAGCUCACAGUAUCCAUAGAGUUCCAUUAGAACUGGUCCUAUGACCAACAUUAACUGUGUUCAGAUUUCAUUAGACUAGCUAGGUUCUAUUU